GCGGCCCCAGCAUGCACCUGGCCUGAGGGUUGUUCCCGGCAAGCACUGGGGUAGUGGGCCGUGGUUCCCGGCAUUCACCCGAGCAGUGGCCACUGCCUCCAGCUCGAAAUAGUUUGGGGCUGGUCCGGUUCCCAGACUGCACUGGGCAUUGGGCUUCAUGCCCCCGACAUUCAGUGCAUUUGUAUAGAGCAAAUGCUGGCAGCCAACCCAGGCAAGACCCCGAUCAGCCUUCUGCAGGAGUAUGGGACCAGAAUAGGGAAGACGCCCGUGUACGACCUUCUCAAAGCCGAGGGCCAAGCCCACCAGCCUAAUUUCACCUUUCGGGUCACCGUUGGCGACACCAGCUGCACUGGUCAGGGCCCCAGCAAGAAGGCAGCCAAGCACAAGGCAGCUGAGGUGGCCCUCAAACACCUCAAAGGGGGGAGCAUGCUGGAGCCGGCCCUGGAGGACAGCAGUUCUUUUUCUCCCUUAGACUCUUCACUGCCUGAGGACGGUCCGGUUUUCACUGCUGCAGCGGCUGCUACUCCUGUUCCAUCUGCUCUCCCAACCAGGAGCCCCCCCAUGGAGGUGCCGCCCCCUGUCUCCCCUCAGCAGUCUGAGUGCAACCCUGUUGGUGCUCUGCAGGAGCUGGUGGUGCAGAAGGGCUGGCGGUUGCCUGAGUACACGGUGACUCAGGAGUCUGGGCCAGCCCACCGCAAAGAGUUCACCAUGACCUGCAGAGUGGAGCGCUUCGUUGAGAUUGGCAGCGGCACUUCCAAAAAGCUGGCAAAGCGGAACGCGGCCGCCAAAAUGCUGCUGCGCGUGCACACGGUGCCUCUGGAUGCCCGGGAUGGGAAUGAGGCAGAGCCUGACGACGAUCACUUCUCCAUCGGUGUGGGCUCCCGCCUGGAUGGACUUCGGAACCGGGGCCCAGGCUGCACCUGGGAUUCUCUGCGCAAUUCGGUGGGAGAGAAGAUCCUGUCCCUCCGCAGCUGCUCCCUGGGCUCCUUAGGUGCCCUGGGCCCUGCCUGCUGCAGUGUCCUCAGCGAGCUGUCUGAGGAGCAGGCCUUCCAUGUCAGCUACCUGGAUAUUGAGGAGUUGAGCCUAAGUGGGCUCUGCCAGUGCCUGGUGGAGCUGUCCACACAGCCGGUCACCGUGUGUCACGGCUCUGCAGCCACCAGGGAGGCAGCUCGUGGCGAGGCUGCUCGCCGUGCCCUGCAGUACCUCAAGAUCAUGGCGGGCAGCAAGUAAAGCUCCAGCUGGACUCAUGGACAUACAGCCUCGCUCUCUGCUCUUCCUGCUCUCGGCCCAGGCCUCUGCCCAGCUCGGGUACCCUCUGGAGGUGCCAUCUCUACCUCUGACACAGACUGCCUCCCCACAGGCCGAGGAGGGCAUGGGCCCAGGAGCCAGGGACCACAGUGCCUCAGUGGCCCAGGAUCCGUCCUCAUGUUACCGGUGGUGAUGGAGGGGAAUGACACUGGACUGUCCCCUAGAGCCCAGAAUAAAUGUGCUGCUCCUCGGAACCUUA